CACAACGGGAUCGUUCGCUUUUUGCGUGCAAGCCUCUUGCUGCGUUUUUUUUCAUGCAUCAAGCGGUUCCGAAAUCAAAACGCAAAGAUUUCCCCCUGGCAAACAAAAUUCCAAUCGCACAAAAUGCAUUCGUCGGAGCACGUCCGCAAUGGUUUCGGAUCCGCCCUCUUCGAAAGUCUUGGAAUUYAAACCAACUCCUCAGAAACGUCUCGWGCGUUUCUGGUUUUCAUUUUUGCACGACCGGAAAUGGUUUUAAAACCAUUUUUCGUCGUAGUUUUUGUACCAACUCUACGCAACUGGUUUCCGUAUCGGAACUGGUUAGCGAUCGAUAAAACCAUUCCCCGCAGUAAACAACUUUUCUGUGUAAGUUCUCUACCGACGCUACGGAAGCGGAUGCAUUGAGAUCCUUGUCUCCUGUUCAAUUUGUACCAUGCUCUACGAGAAGAAAUCCGCAAAGGCGAUCAGAAAAUUCACUUUUUGCUCAUUUCGACCCAUUUCGACCCACUUUGCUUUUCAUUUCUCUCUUCUCACAAUCGCAUUCAGAGGAUGAUCACCUCAGUGUAAAUGCCUGAAUCAACCAGCGGGUAGUGUUUGGGUAAGGGAAGUAGCCUGGCAAAGACCAGGACGCUUGGGGGAGAUGACCAUGCAUGCGGCAUGGAAGUCUCUCAACGUGUAACACCCCUCCCAUUCACCAUGAUCCUUAGCUGGAAGACAGGAUAGUCGUAAGUGGAACCCUGAGGGGCGGGAUAAGGAUUGGGAACCCAUGACCGUUGAACUGGAAAGAGCUAGCCCUUGUUGCCGCUAGCCCCCUGCCAGGCGGAAGACCAUGGCCAAUCCGACUCUAAAAAACGAGUGCCCGCCUUAAACAAGGCCCUGACAAAGCAUGUUAAUCGUGAUCUGGACCACACCGCCGGGAGGCGCGCGGUGUGGUUCCGCACUCUGAAGGUAAGGGAGAAUGUAAACGCCAGUGUAAACCACCAAGGGCCGUAGACCAUUGCAUAGGAAGUAGCCUACCACAGAGGGGGACGCUAGGGUAAAAUCUGAUGAGCGAUUCAGCAGAUGGAAACCUGACAAUCCUAUAGCAAUGGGGCUUCAACUUGGCGGGCUGGUUAGUCACACGCAAAAGCGUGAGAAGACAGAUGCAUGGAKAUUAUCAUAUCUGGUUAAUAAGGGUAAGGUAGGGGUAGCGGUAGCCGUGCCUAGCACAGGGCCGACCCCUCCGCCCGCCGGAACAGUGUCGAAUAGCCUGUGGGUACACAUGAUCAUCUUGUCCUGACAUACAUUCUCUCUCUGGGCACCGAGGCAGUAGCCGAGGGAACCUAAAAAAGCAACAACAACCCAAAAAAAACAACAAUCAACCAGCAAAGUGGAGCGACGGAAAGUGGAGCAUCGGUGAGUGGCGGGAAACAAACGCGCUUCGAUCGCGGUUCGAUUUGCCCGGCGGCCGGAUCGAUUCGGCGGGAACCUAAGAACGAGGAAUCCGUGCAAACAACGACCCUUCGACGACUCACGCGCAAAGCGACGCGGGAAAGAAACGGCGGAGCGCCGACCUGCCCACGCAAGGAUCCAAUCGAAGCAUUCGUCCGGUGCCAUCGCCGACCUAGCGCUGGCAUCUACGAUCGAGACCAUCGUCGUUGUCGUUAUGUUCGACGAGGGCAACGAUCGGAUCACCAUGGUGGUUGGUAAUGUUCAUGUUGUUUUGGUUUGAAUGGUCGAUAUGCAAUGAACAAAAUUACUAAAUUAUUAGAGUAAAUUAUGAAUAAAGAA